CUCACCGUUCAGUACUCUCUCGAAACAACCGCACUCACUCUUUCUCCCUCUUCGUUCUCCUCCUCCCCCUCCUCCCUCGAGCUCGUCCAUGGCGUCCACGGCGUCGCCCUCGCACGAGGCCGAGGAGAAGCUCCUCGUGGCGCGAUCCCCUGGCCCCGACGACUCCCAGGAGGAGCGCGCGUACGACUCCGACGAGAAGGUCGUGAUCUCGAUCUCCGACGAUGAGGACGGGGAGGAUGCGGCGCCCCCGCCGCCGUUCUCGUGGCGGAAGCUCUGGAUGUUCACGGGGCCGGGGUUCCUGAUGUGCAUCGCGUUCCUGGACCCGGGGAACCUCGAGGGCGAUCUCCAAGCGGGGGCGAUCGCGGGGUACUCGCUCCUGUGGCUCCUCCUGUGGGCGACGGUGAUGGGGCUCCUGAUCCAGCUCCUCUCGGCAAACCUCGGCGUGGCGACGGGGCGCCAUCUUGCCGAGCUGUGCCGCGACGAGUACCCGCCCUGGGCGCGCGUGGUGCUGUGGCUCAUGGCCGAGCUCGCCCUCAUCGGCGCCGAUAUCCAGGAGGUCAUCGGGAGCGCCAUCGCCAUUAAGAUACUCAGCGGCGGCGCGAUCCCGCUCUGGGCCGGGGUUGUCAUCACCGCGCUCGAUUGCUUCAUCUUCCUCUUCCUUGAGAACUAUGGUGUGAGGAAAUUAGAGGCAUUUUUCGGGGUUCUUAUUGCUACUAUGGCUAUAUCGUUUGCGAUUAUGUUUGGUGAAACCAAACCCAAUGGAAAAGAACUACUCAUAGGUGUGCUAGUCCCAAAAUUGAGCUCCAAAACCAUAAGGCAAGCGGUGGGGGUUGUGGGCUGUAUAAUUAUGCCUCACAAUGUUUUCUUGCAUUCUGCUCUUGUACAGUCGAGAAGGAUUGACACUAGAAAGAAAACUCGUGUUAGAGAAGCGAUGAAAUAUUAUUCCAUAGAGUCUACUCUAGCACUCAUUAUUUCCUUCAUAAUCAAUGUGUGUGUCACGACGGUUUUUGCCAAGGGGUUUUAUGGGUCUGAAGAAGCUGAUACUAUAGGUUUGGAGAAUGCGGGGCAGUUUCUGCAAGAGAAAUACGGGGGCCGGCUGUUCCCUAUUCUUUAUAUAUGGGGUAUUGGGCUGUUAGCAUCUGGGCAAAGCAGCACAAUCACCGGCACCUAUGCUGGACAGUUUAUCAUGGGAGGCUUCCUGAAUCUUCGUUUGAAGAAGUGGGUUCGCGCAUUAAUCACUAGAAGUUUCGCUAUAGUUCCCACUAUGAUUGUGGCCUUGUUUUUUGAUACUGGGGGUCCUACCAUGGAUGUUCUGAACGAAUCACUUAAUGUGCUUCAGUCUGUCCAAAUACCGUUUGCCCUCAUACCGCUUAUCACUCUGGUCUCGAAGGAACAAGUAAUGGGGCAUUUCAAGAUUGGUUCUAUUACCAAAGUGGUAAGUUGGAUUGUGGUGGUCUUUCUAAUAAUCAUCAACGGCUAUCUUUUGCUGGCGUUCUUUACUACAGAAGUUCGCGGCGCAUUGCUCAGUUCCUCUCUAUGUGUCGCCUUAGCUGUCUAUGUUUUGUUCGUCAUCUAUCUCAUACUACGAGAUACUACGCUGUAUAAGCGGGUUGUAUCAGCGGUGAGCAAGAGUUCAUAAGCCCCUUCUAACAUCAUCACAACAGCUAGUGGCUUCCCCUAUUGCAAGAACAAACAGGUCCAAGAAGCAUCAAAGUAGUUAUUAACUCCAAAUCUUCACUUGCCAUCGUGUUAUGAUGCAGCUUUAACUAUAGGGGUAAUUACUUAUGUGUCCUCUGUACUUUACAAAGCUGAUUUUGCUGCUUAUGCUUCCACUUACAGAAGCUUUAUCUUCUGUGAAUCCUUUAGCAGUUUGUUGUAUUAUGCGGGUGGAAUAGCUUUUCUCUUCAUAGAAUAAUACAUUCAGAGUAUGUGAAUUAUGUGAUGUUAAAUAUACGACGACUAUUCUCUCUCGUAAGCUUUUUGCUUGUCAAAGCCAGAGCGAAGCUACCAAAUCUUAUUUGCCUUGCAAAA